GGAAUAUCUUAUUGUCUACAAUGAGCGGAAGAGGUAAAACCGGCGGCAAAGCGAGAGCGAAGGCAAAGACUCGCUCCUCCAGAGCAGGGCUGCAGUUCCCCGUCGGUCGUGUUCACAGACUUCUCCGCAAAGGGAACUACGCCGAGCGCGUCGGUGCCGGAGCUCCCGUCUAUCUGGCGGCUGUGCUCGAGUAUCUGACCGCUGAGAUCCUGGAGUUGGCUGGAAACGCAGCGAGAGACAACAAGAAGACCCGCAUCAUUCCCCGUCACCUGCAGCUGGCGGUGCGCAAUGAUGAGGAGCUCAACAAACUCCUGGGUCGAGUGACCAUCGCUCAGGGCGGCGUGCUGCCCAACAUCCAGGCCGUGCUGCUGCCCAAGAAGACCGAGAAACCCGCCAAAGCCAAGUAAACCGCCAACUGUGUUUCUAAAACAAAGGCUCUUUUAAGAGCCACCCAUUUUAUCUGAUGGAGAGCGCUUUUUCUUAUUUAACCAGUAGUGUCAUGUUCUCACUGAAGUAACAUUAUCUUUUAAAAAUUAAAUGUCCAUGUAUUAUAAAUA